UUUACACAAAUGAAACAGUUGAAACAAUAACAAAGCAUUUUACCCGCCCCUGUUUCAGGUUAAAACUGAAGGAUGGAAUUGGAGAUUGUAAUCACUCUUAAAUUCACAGACAGACCUAUGGAUGCAAGGACUGACCAUCCAUGAUAUCAAAAUUAUAGUUUUAACUAUGUAUUAAAUGUAUAGUGUUUGUUUACGUUUACUUUGUUUGUAAACAUUAGAGUAAAACAAGCUUAUAUUUUGGGUGUUGAUGGGGUACAAGAGUGCAACUAAGCUAAUGAAGCAGUAAGUUAUAUUCUUCAAGAGAUAAUGGGUACAUAAGGUUAUUGUUACUUUAUAAAUCCACCGUAGAAGUGCUCGGAGCAGGUGCAAUUUGCAGUGCAAGAACAAGCAAACGUAUAACACCUGGCUUGUCAUGCAGAAUUCAAAUUUGGGCUGUACAACAUGCAAAAAGGUAGGGUGUUUGGGUCUAGAAACGACUGGAGGGAUAAUACUAGCUAGCAAAAGUGUGGGUGGAAUGUACAGUAUCAUCCUCUGCCUCUGAAGAGAGCCCUCAGAAAAAAAGGUUUCUGAACAUGCCCGAACCAAGGCUCAUUUGUUGGUAGCCUUGCAGACACGGCUAAAGACGACACCCAGGUUAUAGUUAUAACACUCAAAAUGGAAAAAAAUAGACUAUACCGCCAGAGUCUUCCGAACAGCUUUAGAACGAGACUAAACGUCAUAGGCACAGGCUCGUUCAUGGUUUUGAGCAAGAAAUGGACUGUCAGGAGAUACAUGGACUUGACAUGGGGAGAGUCAUUGUGGGAGGUUUUGAAAACUACGUUCCAUUGGACAUGCCUUGGGGACAAGGCAACACUGUUCAGUAACGAUAUCAACCAAACCAGGAAAUGUCCAAACACAGGGAGAGCGUCAUGUCACGAUCAGAGUUAACAAGGGAGCUCUUGGGCCAGUACAUCUCUGACACCCUCAGCAACAUUCACACAGUGAGGGAGUUCUGUGACAGGCAUUCCAAAUGGGCCCUUCAGAGGGAGACAGAACUGGAAAUGAUGAGGGACAUCAAGCAGAGGGCAGACAGAAUUGACCUUAAGUUCGACCAUGUCCGUAACUCUGAGACCAAGGCCAAGGCGUUUGGGGAGUUCGUAUGGAGCGGUCUGACCCAGGGGACUGCAGACAGUAGGCGUGAGGAGCUGGAGAAGGAGCUGGGGGCUGUACUAAAGGACACUCUGGGAGGCCUGGAGAAGCUGGAUUACUUCCUGAAUGCUGUGGAGUGUCUGGCGGUCACCUGUCUGUUGGUGUUUGAGGAGAACAGGUUCUUCUGUCUGCCUCAGGGGACGAGCCCUGCCAGUGUUCAGGCUGUCAUCACUGCUGCCAGAAUAUCCUGCCCUCUCCUCAUCUACUUUAAGAGGGAUGCUAAGGCCUUCUUUAUGCCCAGCCUCCUCAAUGUAGAGGUGCUGGCCCUCCAGCUGGACAGAUACACACAAAUCAGCCAGCAGCUCUGUAAGAGGAUGGACAUAGUUAGCUCCAUCAGUCAAAUGCUGUUUUGGAAAAAGAAGAAUGACAUCCCUGUGGUCAACCUUGGUGAUGUGAGUGAAAAGUCCAUAGAAAAGAUGAUGGACCAUUUGAAUCAGUUGAAUGAUAUCAGGAUGGACCAGCACCUCAGACUAACAUUCAUGUUCCAAGAGGCUGCUCAGCGCUUCAUUGGCCGGUUCAGCCAGCGCCGACCCAGGAUGGAGCAGUUUCUGACCGAUCUGGAGGAGAAUGCUGUGCAGCUGGACAGGAUGAAGCUGGGGGCUAAGAUCUCCAGUGUGGCAGGCAGCUCAGUGGGGGUAGCUGGAGGGAUCCUAUCCAUCGUGGGCUUAGCUCUAUCCCCUGUUACUGCUGGGGUGUCACUGGCUCUCACCAUUACAGGGGUCAGCCUGGGGGUCACCAGUGGGGUCAACAGUUUAGCCACUGGUAUCACAGAGAUGAAGGUCAAUAGCAUCCAUGAGAAGAAAGCCAGUAAAGUCUUCCAGAGUUUCAUGGAGGACGUGGAGAGUCUCCAGGAGUCUCUGGAGAAUGUGGCCACUAAUAUGGAGCCCAUCCUAGGUCAGAGCAGGGUGGGCGGCGUGCUGGGGGCAGGGAAGGUGAUUGCCACAGCCGGGGCCAUUGGAAAAGGCAUCGACUCCAUAGUGGACUGUGCCUCGGCUCUGAGUGUUAAGGCCCUUGCAAAGGAAGAUCUGAUUGUAAGCGCUGGUAAGUUGGCGCUCCAGGAAGGCAAAGCAGCACGAAACCUACCCAAGCUGGCAGGGGACAUCCCAGACAUUGGACAGGUUGCCAAAGGCACCCCACUAGCCCUCUCCAGCUCUGCGCGGGCUGGUUUUAUCACUCUCAACGCCCUCUUCAUUGGCUUGGAUGUUUUCUUUAUCUGUAAAGACAGUGUGUGCCUGGCCAAAGGCAGCAAGAGUGAGUUCUCCCAGCUCAUCCGUGCCAGAGCGGCAUUGUGGCGCACAGAGCUAGACUCCUGGCAGAGGAUCUACGACUCGCUGUGUAGAGGAAUUUGGAAGUUCAGGAAGUGCCAGAGAAUCCUGGCGCAGCCUUUUUACCCUCCUGGAGGGGAAUCUGAAAGAGAAAAAACAAUGUAGGACAACAUCAAUGACCAGUUUGAAGUUAGGGACUGUCAAAAAUACUGUACAGUUGCACAUACUGUACAUUGCCUAUCUGUCAGUCAUUUUGAUUAUGCAUUUUACUUGAUUCUCCGUUAUUUAUUAAAUGUAAUAAUGUUUCUAUGAUUGUGCUGCUGACAUGUACAUGCACAGAAGACUUAUCUUCCUCCCUUCACCAGUAGUUGAAGACGUCUUGCUAACAGGCAAUGAAACAUGUUUGUGCAAUUUAUUCUGAUGUUGACUUGUGUGAAAAGGUUUCUAUGAGACUUUAUGAAAUGGAAAGCGACUGAUUAUGUCUGGUCUUAUUUGUGUCAAUAAUAAUAGGCCUAGUUUCUGGUGUUCUGAAAUACCUUUGUAAAACAAUUAUUUAAUAAAUCCUUUUUUAAUUGG